AUGACCCGAUACAAAAGCACCCCUCUCUACGGCGGCGCUCUAGUCAGCGAUUUGCCCGACAAGUUCGCCGACGUCAGCAAACUCCGCGAGGUACCCGACAACCAAGAAGUCUGGAUCGACUCGGACGGCUUCACGAGCAUCAUCUUCGACAUCACGGAGCGCGUCGGCCCCGCGGGCUCGAGUCCCGAAAUCGACGGCCGCGCCCUGACGACGCACCUCGAGGAGCUCGUCGGCGAGGACGUCGACACCGUCAAGGUCUGGAACACGACCGAGACCUCCUUUUCGCGCCUCAGCUCAGACAUCCCCGCCUAUACCCUCAUCGCGACGCAGACCCCGCACGCGUCAAAGUCUUCCCGUUCGUCGUCCUCGUCGGCGCCCGACUUUACGGCCAUCAUUCUUACGCUUGUCCGUCUUGAGAAGGAGUCGACGGAUAUUUUGGUCACGAUUAACGUGCCGCAUAUCAAGGGCGAGUACGACGAGGCCGAUGUCGAUUUGGAGCUCGGUAAGCAGGGAAAGCUGAUUGGAGAUGCCGUCGAGUAUGCGGCGCGUAUUUGGGAGACGUUCAAGGUGAAGGACUGGACUUUGUUCCAGGAGGUUUGA